AUGGCCAUUGAUGGAUUGUAUUUCCUGCAGACAAAAGAUGGUGAGGUCUACCAAACUUUCUGUGAUUUGACCACCAAUGGAGGAGGUUGGACUCUGGUGGCCAGUGUCCAUGAGAACAACAUGUAUGGGAAAUGCACUGUGGGGGAUCGUUGGUCCAGUCAACAAGGGAACAACCUCAACUACCCAGAAGGAGAUGGAAACUGGUCCAAUAAUUCCACCUUUGGUUCAGCCGUGGCCUCAACCAGUGAUGAUUACAAGAACCCUGGCUAUUAUGACCUAGAAGCAAAAGAUUUGGGCAUGUGGCAUGUUCCCAACAAAACCCCGAUGAAAGAGUGGCGAGAUACCUCUCUCUUGAGGUAUCACACUGAAACUGGCUUCUUGGCUGCUGAAGGAGGCAACCUUCUCAGGCUGUACCAGAAAUAUCCGGUGAAAUUUGGAAUUGGCAGAUGUCCAGCUAACAAUGGUCCAGCAGUGCCUGUUGUCUAUGAUAAGGGAAAUGCUCCAAAGACAGCUGAGUAUUACUCUCCAAAUGGGCAAAAUGAAUUUGUUGCUGGCUUCAUUCAUUUCCGAGUGUUUAAUAAUGAGAAAGCAGCCAUGGCCCUCUGCGCUGGGGUUAAAGUCACCGGAUGCAACUCAGAACAUCACUGCAUUGGUGGAGGGGGAUAUUUCCCAGAAGCGAAUCCCCGUCAGUGUGGGGACUUCCCUGCAACUUUGACGCUGGGAUGGCUCACCGGGACACACAAUGGUAAGGCAAGCUUCCUAAAAGAGAUGACUGAAUCUGCACUUAGACAACUGGACUCAGCUGAAGUGAAUAACUGGGCCCAGGAGUUCAAAACGUUAAAUUCUGUCAAGUGA